AUGGCCUCGCCGCUGCCUGCAUCCAACAUGGGCGCCGGCUGGAAUGGCAACGCUUCCCAACAGCAAUUUCAACAGCAGCAAAUGCGUCCCGCUGAGCCCAACAGCAAUGGCGUUCAGGUCCGGUCCAUGGGUCUCAAGGUACAGUAUACCUUUGACAAGGACUCCAAGAUCAACUGCCUCGCACGAUGUCCGCACACCGUCCACGUCCAAACCAUCGCUCUCGACGAAGUCAACACCAUCGGCGUUAUCGACCUCGGCGUCUGCGUCCGGGCCGUUUCGGACUGCAGUCCGGAACUCGCGGGUCAAGAUUGCGACUAUACAAUCUACGCCGUUGAUUACUCAGAACCCGACACACCCCUCGUCGGCCAGGGCCUGCUCUCAUUGGCCCUCGAUUCACUGAAUCGCGGCGAUAACCCAGGCCAACAGCCCAAGCUCGUCACCGGGCGUGUCACUCAAAAUCUCCUCGGUGUCUUCAGCGGCGGUAACAGGGAGACACUCGAGGUCAAGCUUCGCCUAUCCGGAUCCGCCAAGCCUCAAUGGCAGACAGACGUCUUCGACAUGGCCAUGACCCCCGGCGGUGUCGCCGAGUGGAAUUCUCUCGUCCAGUCCAACCCCCAGCUUGGCCAGCCACAGCACGUGUCGAGAGUAGCCUCGCCAGCCUUGUCACAUGGGCCGCCUGCCGUGAUGCCUAGGCGUGAUUCAUUCGGUCCCGCCAUGCAGAACAGCAUGGACGACGUCCAGCGGGUCGCUCCCAUCCCCGUUGAUCCCAACUCCGUCCCCGACAAUCAGGGCGGCUCGUCACGCCCUUCAAGCAGAGCCUCCAACCGAGCACCACGAAAACGAAAGCCCACUGGUCGCCCCCGUGGACGGCCUAGGAAGAACCCCAUCGAAGGCAAUACAUCCGGGUAUGAGGACUGCACGGAAGGAGAGGAUGGCCCGGCUAAGAAGCGCGCCAAACCUACCCAGGUCGACAAACCCAACCCGUUUGCAGGUGGCCCAGACUCUCUGCGGGUUGCCGCCAGCGCCUCCGCCUCGCUGCGAAACUUUCGCCCCGUUGCUACGAACAGUGAAGGUGCUGCAGGCAGCCAUCUUCAGGAAGUGCCACGGGCCCCUACUCCUGUGCCCAAUGGUUCAGCCUUUCCUGGUCGCGCCUUAAAUAUCCGGCGUGAGUCAACGCUGGGACAAAAGCCCAUGAGCUAUGCCGCUUCUACCGACGGCGAUGCUAGAAAUCACUUUUCGCCCCAGGAUGACGGUCGCUCACCAGACUCCAUCGCCCCUACCCCGGCCUUUUCAGAAGAUAGCCCGCCAGAGAUUGGCUCCUCACCACCAGUUCCACACGCCACUCCUUUCCUCCGUUCCAGCCCUCCACCUUCAAGCCCCGUCUUACCACCAAUGCCGCCUUCUAAGAUGCCUCGCGACGCUAGUUUCCUGUCCGAUAACAUGGAACUCUUUGGCGAGGAGUCAUUGCCACCUCCCCAGCCUAACGUCCCUGCUCCCAAGGCUGCGUCGCGGGCACGCAACGGGAAGGCCCAAACCAAUAACGCGCGAAGUGUCCCUAUACAGGUCUAUCAAAUGCAAGAUGGACCCCAGGGCCAAGAUCUGGUUCACAUCUGCAGCUACAACACCACAUACCCAAACACAUCACAACAGCAACACUGGCAACCGAAACAGCAGCCGCCAGGACAGCAGACACCGCCUGAGCUUCCGCCUCUCAAGCAGUCAGCGCCGCGGCCAUCUCCCGUAACUGUGCCUAUCAACAAGGAUCGCGUUCCCUCGCCGCCUGGCAUGGCCCCGACGCCGCCUCCCACAACCGAUGCCGUAGAGAAGCCUCCUACGCCGGUUGCGGACCUACCCGAGGUACCCGUUGAGGCAAGGGAAAUCCGAAGGAUCGCACCAGAGCCAGUGGCUCAGCCUGCUGCCGAAGACAAGCAGAGGCCGUCGUCUCAACCACCUGCCUCCACAACACCAGUACUGAAAGCGAAGAAGCCUUUAGCUCGGUCCAAUUCUGCCGGGCCUCUCAUGAUGCCCAACCUGCCGGCGAGUGAACCAGCUGGUCCAUCUACCCUCGCACAAACAUCAGCAGCCGAAGAGGACAUUCCUCAUUUUCAGCUGGCUAAUCCUCGACGAGUCUACGCAGCUGGAGCUAUGGAGAUGGUGCCAGCCAGUGACCCGCCAGCACCAAUUGUACGACCAGGCAAACCCACCAUGCCCGAGGCCACCAUGCCACCCAGCGAGCCCAUUCAGCCCCCACCUUCAUCACCCAACAACAGGUCAAACAAGAACAUUGUGAAGAAGCACGCUAUUAAGCAGCGCUUGGAGGAGGCAAUCAUGAAUGGCACGAUGCCUCCCUUCUGCAGUAAUUGUGGUGCAAUUGAGACUCCUACGUGGCGCAAGAUUUGGGUUCAGGAUCGUGAAGGGGUUCCGGAGUAUGCUGAAUACUCGGAAAAGCCUGGUCGAAUUACCGCCAUUGAAAUUACGCAGCGUGACGAGAACGAAAAGCCAACUCAGCAUCGAGUCAUCAAGAAGGGCCUUGGGCCAACGGAUGACAAGGCCAACUGGCAAGAGCUGCUUCUAUGUAACCCGUGCGGUAUCUGGCUAACAAAGUGCAAAACUCACCGGCCUGCUGAUCGAUGGGACAAGGACGCCUCCCGUCUUGGUCAAGAACGCCGCAAAAGAGGCACUGGUCGCUCAAAGAAGAGCCGAGCUAAGUCGGACAGCGCGCCAAAUCCCAUUUCGGAGGCCUAUCUUCUCACAGAUGCCAUGGGUCCACCUGAGCCUUCCUCCCCAAAGCACGAUAUGUCCAGCACUGCCACCAGGGGAUUGCCUUCGGUAACACAGGGCAACUCAUUCACAACCGAUGGCUACAUCAUAGAUGCACAAUCCAUUCCGGGAUCGACACACUCGGCUGCGAGCGGUGAUGGUACGGCGAGAAGCCCAAUUGAUCUUGAGCUAGAUCAAGCCAUGGGCACCACAAAACGACUGCUAUUCCCUUCACCGAGAAAGCCUGGCACGCCCAAGGUCCUCAGUACUGUUGAUGUCAAUGUUGUCUUGACCGAUGACAUGUGCAACCAGAACAAAGGCAUUUUCGGCGAGAAGGAGAAUAUGCCAAUCGUUACACACGAAGGCCUUCUCGAAUGUGACGACCCGGAAGCUCUCUUCCGCAACCCCGUGAUUGCCCGCCCCAGCACGCCCACGAACGCCAAGGCGUCUGUAUCCGCUGAGCCAUUCAAGACUCCUACUCGUGCGACACCCAGUCAUCGGCCUGUCACAAGAAGUGUCUCCAAGUCUCUACGUACAGUGCGAUCUGUCUCUUCGCCCAGCCAGCUCGCUCUGCUGCAGGCCACCCCAACCAAGACGCCUCGCUCGAUUCGAGGUCUGACAAGUUUGGCUCGAAGACGCAGCCCUCGUAACCAUCAAAAUAGCUUUGGAGUCUGCGAGACACCAAUUUCGAAAUCAAUCAGCCAAUUCUUUUCGGAGCCCGCCUUUGCCCUUGACAGCGAAAUGGACUUGGACAUCAGCAACAUGCAUGAUCCGCUCAUGGAGUUUGGCAAUUUCCUCAGCACCGACGCAAUCAUGCCAAGCUCGCCCCCUAGAAAUGGGUCAGCUCUGGAUGCGUCGGCCUCGUUUGAUUACGAACCUUGGGCCCAUUGGAACGUGGACGACCCGACGCAAGGGGAGAAUGAAUAA